AUGGCAAUUCCUGAGCCUGCCGACCCUUCAGAGGGGUAUAAGCGGACUCGGAUCACCGACGAGCAGCCGGACAUGGAUCCGGCUCCAAAAGCACGAAAGUGGCUGCAUCGAGGUUAUGCUGGCAUCAUCAUCACAACCGGGGGAGGCAACGUCGAGUCGGGGGCCAAUGGAGGUCCCUACAUCCAUCGCUACGCUGGAGCAGUGCAGAGCAGGAGCUAUGGACGCCCUCAGGGCCCUGGGCUCGCUCGACAGCUCGCCACCCUGGAUGAAUUGUCCAGCCUCAGCGCUUCGGAACGGAUUGCUCGGGAGGCCUCCGACAACGCCGCCAAGUUCUCAGCUGAGCUUUCGAGGAAGCUGCAGGCUAGCAAGGAGAUGGCCGACCGGCUUCGUAAGGAGCAGGACCGUGCCGAAGCGAAGAAGGAGCAACUUCGGAAGGAGCGGAACGCGGCGUUAAAUGACGCUUCCUCCCUCCGCGACGAAGUCUUUAAACUGGAGCAAGAGCUCAAAUUCGAGCGGGGUCAGGCAGAGAAGACCCUGAAAUGGGCUAGGCAGACCCAGAUGGAGAAGAACAGCGCCGAGGCGAAUGUUAAGCUCCUUCAGGUGAGGCUCGACGACGCGGGUGGAAGAGGAGUUGAAGUUUGCGGCCGAGGCGAAGGCGUUCCAAUUCGCGAAGGAGGCUGA